AUUCCUUCCCCCAUCAAGUAACCACGCUCCCUUUCUCUCUCACUGGCAUUUUGCAGUUUGCACUAGUCUCUCUCUCUCUCUCUCUCUCUCUCUCUCUCUCUCUCUCUCUCUCACACACACAUUGUUGAAGAAGGUGAACUGUGAAGGUUGAAGAUGUGAGGUUUUCUUUCCUUUUUGUGGGAAGGGGGGGAAUUGCGUGACAAGAACCCUAGAUUUGCUGCUUUUGGUGGCUGCUUCUAGUGUUCUUUGUACGAAGAUUUUUGGCCGUGAAACGGACGAUUUGUUCAAGGCGGAGAAGGAAGAAACUCAGGGCCUUGUUUUGAACGUUGGCGGUGCUGGAUUCCAGGUCCUGAGGGGAAUGUAGUUGGUUCUCUUUGAAUUUUGGUUGUUUAGAAGAUCGGUUUUUCCGCUUCGGAGCAAAUGCUGAAUCUGCUCUUGAAUUUAUUCUUUCGAACUGAUCGGCCAAGAUCGUUGACCUUUUCGCACAAUGGAGGUUUUGUACCAAUUGGCUUCCUCAGCUCAGGGGAUUCUAGAUUUCUUUUCUGAAGAAUCUUACAUGUGCCUUCCGCCCGAGGAAAGCUUCUGAUUAAUGGGGGGUAGUUAGAGGGGGUCGUUUCGAGGAUUCAGUAGACAGGAAAUAUCCAGAGCAUCUGAUUCUUUACUUCAUGUAUUGGUUGGUGGAACUUGGCAGCAAGUUUAUGCGCAGAGAAUCUUGUGAUUUUUUAAAUUCCUGCUUGGUGAAUUCCAUGGUAGUUGCUGGUUCCCCUUUAAGUUGAGGAAUUGAGAUGAAUUGGUGUGGUCAAACGCUAAUGCGGGAUCACUUGUUUUUUAGGAUGGCCGACAUAUGAGUACCUAGAGGCUAGAGCUAAAACUGAUGCUUCCUUAUAGUUUGCAUAUAUUUGUCAACGCCGGGGCUAAAGCGAGGUCUGAAGAAUUCAGCGAUGAAUUGGACUGUUAGUGUGCCAUGGACUCCACAGAAUAGUUCUCACUGCUGGUGAUGCAACUGUGGCUUUUUAGCUUUUAGUUUAGAGAUCAAGAGGAAGGAGAGGUAAUUAACUAGAAAACGAAAAUGGGAGGCGAGAAAAGAGACAAUAAGGGAGCAGGUCCUGGUGGUUUCUUUCAGCUGUUUGAUCGAAAUGGUAAAUCUAGGUGGAAGAAGCUGUUCUCGAGCAAGUCAUCCGCGGCAGUAGAUGAAUCCGAACAAGCAAAGCUGGACGGAGAGAAACUGCAGACUACCAAUUUUCACAUGAUGGAUGAUGAGAAGAGAAGUGAAUGCAGUUAUCCUUCAUCAUUAUCAGUAGAUGAGGAAGGAGUGGGAGUAAAGGCACCCAGUGUGGUCGCUAGGCUUAUGGGUUUGGAAUCGUUGCCUUCUGUAGAUGUGCCCGAGGCGAGUUCCACCCCUUUUCAUGACAGCAGGCUUGUUAAUGGUUCCAAGAAGUGCCUAGAAUUCGCAUCUCAGUAUCAGAACUUACCAUCUGUCCGACAGUCUGCCAACUUGGAGAUUUUGCCUUGUAAAAUUGUUGUUCCAAGGCCGCAAAAGUUGCAGAAGAUGUCUUUUGUUGAUAAAAGACCAAUUGAGAGGUUUCAGACUGAGCCGUUACCGGGAAAACCAGUUAAGUCUUAUUCAGAUAUCCAACACAGACUUUUGUCACCAAUAAAGAGUUCUGGAUUUGUUUCAGCCAAGAGUGCAGCUCAUUUAAUGGAGACAGCUGCAAAGAUUCUUGAACCUGGACUGCAUCCAGCUGCUAGAACUAGAUCAACACUUGUUGGAACUUCAUCAAUUUCUUUGAAAGAUAGAGGUCGAUCAGAGGAUAUAAUAUCUAGCUGUAGAAUUUCCAGGCCCCUGGAGCUUCCAAAGAAAUUUACUGAGCCUAAUGCAGUCAAAGUUUUGAGCGGACAACCCAUGAACAAGAGCUGGAAUGGUUCUGAUGGUAGUUCCAGCUCAAGGACUGCUUCUGAAGGAAGGACGUCAAAGAAUUUAUCUUCCUCAUCAUCUCAGAAUAGUGCAGAAAAUAAUCAGAAGCCAUUUUUCUCUUCCACUAAAAGAGAAAAGCAAGUGUCAACACCACACAGUUUUCUAAACUGUGAGGAUAGUAAACCUGCAUUUUCUAGUAACCAAGGGAAAUCCAUCUCGCUUGCUGUCCAAGCAAAAGUUAACGUGCAGAGGAGGGAAAGUCUGUCUUGUUCAUCUUUGGCACGACCAAACAACACCAGAAUUAAUAGUUUAUUGAUACAUGAUGCACAGGAUGAACCAGGAUUGAGUAGACAACGCAAAAGCCAGUUAAAUCUCCAAAAGAAUAAGCAGAAGCAAGCUAUUUCUAGUAGUGCAAAUGUGCUUCGACAGAAUAACCAGAAACAGAACAGAUUGCCUUCAAAAUGUGCAGGUGUAAACCAACAUACCAAAAAAGGUAUGGCUGGGGGGAAUUCUUCUCCAGGGCAGAAGCUUGCAAAUCAUGACCAUGUAAGGGAUCACAUGGCAUCCAGAAGGAAUCCUUGCAGUCAACCGAAAAAAGGGAAUGUUUCUAGAACUGCAGACAAAGGUGUGGAUAAAAGCGAUAUUGAGAGUAAAAAGUGCCUCUCAAGAACCAGUGACUUCCCUCGAAAGAAAAGAUCAAUAGAAGGGAGCUUUUGUUCUGAAAAAAAUGGGGUUGUUGGUACCAUCUUUAUCGAUGAAAGAGAUAGAACUCCUCGAGAUACCAUUUCUGUUACUACUGGCUAUACGAGUCAGGUAGAGUGUAACAAGAGAAACCUUUGGAAUGGUGAACAGGCUGUUUCAAGUAGCAGCAAGAGUAUGGAUGUUGUUUCUUUUACAUUCACUUCACCUUUGGCAUCCACUGCUGGAUCUCGCUCAGCUGACCUGGCAUCAAAUAAGCAAAACAUCAAGAAGGGAUGCAUUAUAGAUUCCCUUGGUGAAAAGAAUGUGUCAAACACAAAAAGUUCAAGGAUGUCUGCCCCAGGUUCCAUGAAUUUGGGGGGAGAAAGCUUGAGUGUUCUUUUGGAGAAGAAAUUGAGAGAAUUGACAUCUGGGAUUCAAAUGGCCAGCUCUCUUAAAGCAACCAAUUCAGGAAAUGCAAAUACAGUGUCCAUACUCCAAGAUUUUCUUGCUACUCUGAACUCUGGGGUUCCCAUUUCAAAGGAACAUGAUGCUGAAUGUCUAUCCAUGCCUCACGACAAUGAUGUGAACUACAGGUGCAUUGAUGAAACUGACUGCUCCUCUUCAAGCACUCCAAUGGUGAACACAGAUCACAAGUUUGAGGUACAAGAAUCAGUAAGUGAACAAAACUCAGAAGCUCAAAAAGGGAACUUGGAUUUGAUAAAAAUGGAUGCUGUGGAGGAUAAUGAGCGGCUAAGUCCUGUUUCAAUCCUUGAUGCUGCCUUCUCAAAUGACAGCUACAACUCGGUGGAUAGUUCGGAUGGUGUCUAUGGUGGUCAACUUGAUCAAUCAUGCCAACCAUGUAUCAUAAGCACAUUGGUGGUAGCUGCUGACAAGGACCUCCUGGAUUCUGCUACUUCGGCAUGUACACCUACCGUAGAAACGCCUGGAUUUUCUGAGUUUGGGCUGCCAGAUAAACUUGUCAUUAACAAUGACCAAGAACUGGAAUAUGUUAGGGACAUUGUGUUUAACAUCAGGUUGACGUUUGAGGAUGUAGCAGUUGGUUCAUACAGUGGCAUUGUUGAUCCCCUUCUCUUUGACAGAUUAGAGAGUAACAGUGCCAUCUCUGCAAGUGUUGAAGACGAAAAGCACAUAAAAAUCCAGAGGAGAUUGUGCUUUGAUUGUGUGUGCGAGUGUGUGGAUUCAAAAUAUGGCUGUUACAGCAGGGGAGAUUGCAGAAGCUGGACCAAAGGGGCUGCUGUGGUUGGGAAGGCAGAUGUGGUAAAUGAAAUUUUUAAGGAAAUGCUGGGGUGGAGAAGUAUGGGAGAACUAAUGGUGGAUGAGAUACUGUACAAGGAUAUGAGCACGGGCACAGGGAGAUGGUUGGAUUAUGAAAAUGAGGAAUUUGAGACCGGUUUGGAGGUUGAGGAGGAUAUAUUGGAUUCAUUGAUCGAAGAGGUGGUAAUUUACACCUUUGGCUUGGAACCUUAGACGGAUUUUCCUGCAUAUAUCUAUAUAUAUAUAUAUAUAUAUAUCUCCUUCACAUCCUUCUUGAAGCUAUUUUCCUUAGUACGCGGGGUCUAUAUUUAGGUCUGCAAUUUUUCCUUAUUUUUGUGCUCCUUAUCCAAGGAAAAGGAAGGAUGUACGAGAGAUCUAAUGUGUUGAAAUUAUAGAAUCACAUUCUCUACGAUAUGUUUUACUAGUUAA